CAGAAGGAGGAGGAUCUGGCGAGAGCGAAAGAGAGGAUGGAGAUGGCGAUUUCGGAUUUGGACUCGAAGCUCACCGUCGAGACGCGCAACCGGGACCUUGUCAAGGAUCGUGCGGAUGCGUCCGAGCAAGACGCCCGACAGGCCAAAGAGCAGCUCGCUGAAAUGGGCCGAACCGCGACGGAGUACUCCAACAUGAUUAAGCGGAAGGAAGGCGACGUCGCUCGUCUGACGGCCGAUUUGGACGCCUUGAAGACAGAACGCAGCCAGUCCUCAAAGGAAAUGAUCGCCCUUCAGGUCAAAGUGGAAACCCUCACCGCCGAGAUUCAAGCCCGCCGCGACGACAAAGAACGUGACGCUUCCACACAAGCCAAGCUUCACGAGGAACUGGAUGAACUCCGAGCACUCAUGGAAGCGAAGUCCAGCGAAGACGAACGCAGGAGCGAAGUCGAGAAACGCAAGGACGAAGAGCUCGUCGAUCUUCGUGCUCAGACGUCCAGUCUCCAACAGGACCUCAGCGAUCUCCGCAGGUCGACACUCGAGGCUCAGAACAAGAUGAGAGUCGAGUUGGAGACUUCGACCAAGGAGCAU